AUGUGUUGGAAACCGUCGAUGUGGAAUGGGACUCGAACUAUGGCCAGACGUGGCUGUACUUGUGGUGGGAUGAGUACAAGUCUGAAGAUAAUGGUAAAACGGCGACCUAUCGAUGCUUUACAGAAGAAGUGUUUGCCUCUGGCGAUACCACAUACAGACCAUGGGAUGCGCUCGACAACCGAACGGGAAAGUAUCCGUACUCUUGCCACUUUGAGCUCAUCUACUCAAACGAGGAACAACAGGGCGUCGUUGGGCCUGACCUUAACAUCACCUCGAGAGCGGGCGAGACUGUCGCGACGACCUUCGCACGCCGUGCAACUCAAGUCGGCUCGAUAG